CUCCAUCCCGUCCCGCAUCUUUCAUUUAAUCAGCGCAGGAGCGAAACACCAUCUCCAAGAGUUCAGGAGAGCACAUUGAAUUCAGUUUUUUUUUUCUUCAUAAAAACAAGAGAGAGCGACCUGAUCUAGAAAAAGUUCUCGGUUUAUUUCUGCUCUUAAAUCCGCCUGUGGAUGAACUUCUGUGAGCGCACUGGACGGAAUAAAAGGAUUUGGAGAAAAUGAGAAGAUUUGGCGGAGUCCAUCAACACCAUCUUGUCCUGCUAUUGGCUGUUGCCAUGGCGAUGGCCGUGGAUCCUUCCCACAACUUGGCCAGUGAGAGGAGUUCGAUAGAAAGUACGUAUGAGCUGACCAAAUACCUGGAGUAUCAGCUCAAGGAAAUCAAAGACGUAUACCUGACCUAUCUAGGCCCUCCAUUCAAUGAGAAAGACUUCUCCCCUCCACGGCCCAACAGCACUGCUCUGACUUUGCCGAGUGCUGCCACCCGACUGGAGCUGUGGCACGGUCUGGAGAACCAGGCCCGGCUCGCCCAGAACCAGAAAGCCUACUCUGUCCUGCUGGCGGCUGUCAGGGAGUUGGCCAGCUCCACCCUCUGCCCUUCCCUCAAAACCUCCCUGCUGCACUUUUGCACUGGUCUGGAUGGACUGCUGGGCUCCAUAUCUGCACUGAUGACCACCCUCGGUUACGCACUUCCUCCUCAGUCUGCAAACAUGCGAACUAACGCUGGAGAGCUGCAGCGGGGGACGGGAGGCAACCGACCAGCUCCGCUCAUGAGCCAGAGUCUGUACAGAUCCAGAGCCGGAACCAGGACGGAGUCAGGUCACCGUAACAACCAGAGGAGAAGUGGCACGAAGGUGGUCAGAGGCGAGAGGGAAGAUGGUGUCAGUGUGGAUCUGAUGGAUAAAAGGAGAGGGAAAGAGGGGAGGAGAGCAGAGGCAGCUGCAGCUGGAGGAAGGAAUGGUGGAUUGAGGGAGAAGGGGAAGGGAGAAAGAGGGAGAAGAGAGAGGAGGGAGGAACCUGAAAAAGAGACAGUAGGGAUGGAUGAAGAGGGAUUGGUGGAGACUUGGGGGAGCAGAAGACGUUUGUUGAGCAUCAGUGAAAACGGAGAGGAGAAGGAGCGGCGGGAGGGACCCAGGUUUGAGGUGUCGUACCUGGACACAGACAUCUCCCGCCUCCAUCAACAACAAACCAGCAGCAACAACCAGUACAGCUACAACCUAAACUCACAUCACGCAGACACACUCAGAGAAGAAGAUGGAUUUAUCGCAGAGAAGCUCAGGGGCUUUAUGCUGGAGGAGGAGAAGCAAAUGGACGCCACCUCCUCUUCUUUCACUGUCCAUCACCAGCAGCGCAGGCCUCCUCGCUCCCUCCUCUCCCCCACCCUCCCACCUCCUCUGUCCACCCUCUCCCUCCUGUACCAGUUUGGAGCAGGUGAGGAGCACACCCUCCUCCCCCAGCCCGUCCCCCUGUCUUUACGAAGGGGCACUUCCCUUCUCUCGCCUCCCUUGAGUCCGCUCUUCUCCUCCCCUUCCACCUCCUCGUCUUCGCUCUUGUCCGUGCGGCCGGCAAUGAACGAUUUCGCCAGGAAGGUGGAGGGUUUCUGGAUACUGCGAGAACUGCAGAGCUGGCUGUGGCGGUCAGCGAAGGACUUUAACCGCCUGAAGAAGAGACUCCGAGGCUGAGACAUUUGGACAGGACUGGACACUGAGACACACAGAAGUGCAGUAUAUCGGAAAUCUAUUGUUUGCACAAAAUCUGGGUGGAAAUCGAACAGACAAAAGCACAUAAACACACUCAUGCUUAACACAUUCAUUCAUACCGUACUGGAAUAAGUGAAUGAAGGACAAUUUGGCAGGUCACCAGAAGUGCUAAUGGAAUAUAAGACACACAAAGCCAACACAUUACCAGCACUGUCACCCGCCUAAUGCACAUAGCAGCUCAUUGAGCGAGACUCGCUCAGACUGGGCUGAGUUACCGGACUUCACGGCUCAUAGAUCAACAGAAAUACCACUGUAGGUGGUUGGACUCACACAUCCAGGCGGGGGCAGACUGAGUGACAGGCAGCGACACAGACAGUGCAGCCAUUGAGGGAAAACUGAUUCAGCGACCCCUAGAUCCGUGAAUCAGCAAACAUUCAUUUUCUCUGAAGGAAGAAGGGAAAAUUUCUGAAUGGGCAAAAGACAAAAGGGCGAGGAAAAAUGGCCGGAGGGAGGAUGAGGGCACAGAGGAGGGAGGGAGGGAAAGACGCAGAAAAAAGAGAGGAAGCUGAGAGGAGGCAUGAGUCAGGGGAUGAGCACUGGAAAUGACCAGCAGAGGGGUACUGCUGAGUAAUCCCAAGUCGACUGGUCAGUUACAGUAACCCUACAACAGUGCUACACAUACUGUCCAGACAGAGUGGUCAAACGCAUACACUUAUUGUGGUAACUUGUGCCUUAACAUACCAUUCACUUCAAAAAAAAAAAAAAAAAGCACAGUCGUGUACAAAGAAAUAGUUUCAGCAUUUUGGGAAAUGUGCUGACACCACUCUCACGUUUGUACAGUAAAUGUGAAGAAGACAGAGCCAGCAGUUGGUUAGCUUAGCUUAGCAUAAAGGGUGGAUACAGGGUAAAGGUCAAAGUUCAAAGUCAAAUUUAUUUAAAAAGCAUAUUUAAAAAGAACAAGAGUUGAACCAAAAAGCUGUACAAUUAAAACAGCAAGCCAUAAAACACAAUACAACUCAAUGGCUAAAAGGUCAAUGUGAAUAAAAGAAGACAUUCAGAUAAUAAGAAAAAACUACAAAUUAAGAGAUUAAGUUGUUAAACUCUACUUGAGUCAAAUGCCAAUGAGAAGAGGUGGGUUUUAAAGUUUUUAACAGUUUUUACACAAAACGGUAAAUUGUUCUCGAGAUGAGCAGCAACAGUAAAGACCUGAAUAUCUCAUCCAGGAGCUUCUGGUUGGUCGACCUCAGUGCUCUACACAAAAACAAACAAUUACACCUUAAAAUAAUUCCUUAAACAGACAAGUAUCCAGUGGAGGGAAGUUCAUACUGGCACUAUGUGAUGUUCGGUCUGUCAAAAGAUGAUCAUAUAUGUUUUGUACCAGCUGCAGAUGUUAACUGAUGUACGCCCACAUACAAGGAAUUGUAGUUUUCUAACUGAAUGAAGACAUAAAUAGCUUUUUCAAAGUUCUUGGGAUAGAGAUAGACCCUGGGUAAAAGUUGAAAGAUCACACCAAAGUUUUCUUACAAAAAUAAUCAGUGGUAUGAAGCCAAAGGGCCAAGAGUGGCACCACCAGGGUCAUUGCAAAGGUCUGACUGACCAAACAUAACAAUCUUAUUUUUAUCAAGACUGAGAAAUUUUAAAUCCAUCCAAGUUUUUAUAUCUUCUAGCAAGUGCUAUGUUGAGACUUUUUAUUUUUAUAGGCAUAUAUAUUCGUAUAUUUUCGGCAAAACAAAGAAAAGGAAUCUUAUAUUUAUUAAACAUGGACCCUAAGGGUGGCAUAUACAAUGAAAGGUGGCAAAAUCCACCCAGCAACACCUGUAAAGCUCUAUUUGUAAUGCGUAUCGAAUUUCUUAAAGCCAAAUGAAACCUAAAGUGUCAGAGCAACACACUGUGGGCCGUCACGUCAACCAGUGCAGACUCCAGGAUUAAUCAAGCUAAUAACCCCUUUAAAAUGUUGCAAUGUUGCUUGACAUUUGUGCAGUUAAAAGUUUUGUUGUUAAGAAAUAGUAUUCCGCUAAAACCACUAAUUUUAUUUUUUACAUUUAACAAGACACAAUAUGUGAGCUGUGAGCAGAUGUUUUUAAACCUCUGGACAGUGCCAGCUUGCGGUUUCUCCCUGCUCUCAUUGUUCACUCAUGCUUCUGUGUUAAGGUUGUGCAUCAUAGCUACAGCUGCCAUGAGCGUAGAUUCUGCUGAUACACCUCACUAAUGUGUGCCUCCUCAAAAAAACAAUGAAGUGAGUUUUAAUUGGUCAACAUGAUGAUGAAGAACAUAGCGACAACAACGUGAAACAAGUUAAGGAAAUGCUCAGUUUUCCCAAUUUCAGUGCCAAAAUGUUGAACUGGUCCUUUUUUGUAACUUCACAUUCCUAAACAUGGAAAUUCAACAUAUUGAGAUUCCACCCCUGGCAAGUUAACAGAUUUCAGAAUAAAUCUAUUGUUAUGUGUUUGCAAUGUGCCUUAGAUGACAUGGCUAAAGGUUAUGGAUCAUAUCUAUACUAUUUAUUGAACAAGAUGUUUAUUUAUUUUUUUCUCCAGUGUGAAAAUACUGUACUGUAACUCAAGAGAGAAUAAAUACUAGCUUUUGUACAGAG